ACAAGGCCCAGAAAAAAUUCAGCAAACAAGCAAAGGUACGGCCACCACCACCGGCCAGGAAGCAAGCUCAAACCCUAACCGCCGGCGACGCCAGCACGAUGGCCCGCUACGACCGCGCGAUCACCGUCUUCUCCCCCGACGGCCACCUCUUCCAGGUCGAGUACGCCCUGGAGGCCGUCCGCAAGGGCAACGCCGCCGUCGGCGUCCGCGGCACGGACACCGUCGUCCUCGGUGUGGAGAAGAAGUCAACCCCCAAGCUCCAGGACUCCAGGUCCGUGCGCAAGAUCGCGUGCCUGGACACCCACAUCGCUCUGGCAUGCGCGGGGCUGAAGGCGGACGCACGCGUGCUCAUCAACCGCGCGCGGGUCGAGUGCCAGAGCCACCGACUCACCGUCGAGGACCCCGUCACCGUCGAGUACAUCACCCGCUACAUCGCUGGGCUGCAGCAGAAGUAUACACAGAGUGGUGGAGUCCGCCCUUUCGGCCUCUCCACACUCAUUGUCGGCUUCGACCCCUACACCGACAAGCCAGCGCUGUACCAGACCGAUCCUUCUGGUACCUUCUCUGCUUGGAAGGCGAACGCCACGGGAAGGAACUCCAACUCUAUGCGUGAGUUUCUGGAGAAGAACUACAAGGAGACCUCCGGCAAGGAGACCAUCAAGCUUGCUAUUCGUGCACUUCUAGAGGUUGUUGAAAGUGGUGGGAAGAACAUCGAGGUUGCAGUGAUGACAAAGAAGGAUGGUCUCCGGGAACUUGAGGAGGCUGAGAUUGAUGAAUAUGUUGCUGAGAUAGAGGCAGAGAAGGCUGCAGCUGAGGCUGCAAAGAAGGGUGGUCCUAGGGACACCUAGUCCCUGUAUUGUGGUAUUCCUCCCUUUGUGUGUCUUGUUUUUAUGUUCCAUAGCACCAUCUUAAUUGUUUUAGAAGAAGGAUGCUUAUAUGGCUGUGGCUGCCUUGUGACUUGUGUGGGUCUGUGGGCUGCGGGGUAGUUCUAAAGCUCUGCAGCCCCGAGUGUUUAUUUAUUAAUUAUUGUUGAGGUUGAGAGAAGAGGGAUGACACC